CCACUACCACCACCACUCUCUCUUUCAUCCCAAACACAACAAAAAAAGAAAAGAAAAGCAAAAGCCACUCUCUUCUCUGACAAUUAUUUCCAACAACUCGCCGGCAAUGUUGUCGGCUCUAUCGGUUCCGGCCGCCCUUCUCCGUCACCGGUAGCACAUUUUCCCCCCGUUCUUUCUUUCACCUCACACUGCUCAUCAUGCGCGAAAUCUCUGUCAGUUUUUGUGCAGACGACGUCGCGAAAAAGACUGGUCUGCGAGCUAAGGGAGGAGAAGAGGACGUCGAUGUGGUAAUCCUCCCGCCGUUUGCGGCGGCGGAACAGGAAUCCGCCUUCACCGGCACUGCGUCCGAGCGGGUGCUUCCCAACGGAGAUCUGUACACCGGCACAUUCGUGGGGAACAGGCCGCACGGCAACGGGAAGUAUCUCUGGUCGGACGGGUGUAUGUACGAGGGCCAGUGGAGGAGAGGGACGGCGAGUGGGAAGGGCAAGUUUUCGUGGCCGUCCGGAGCUACCUACGAGGGGGAGUUUAGGGCUGGGAGCAUGGAAGGUCAGGGGACUUUCAUCGGAGCCGACGGCGACACCUACCGCGGUCGGUGGUUGGCGGAUCGGAAGCACGGAUUCGGAGAGAAGCGGUACGCGAACGGGGACUUGUAUGUGGGGUCGUGGAGGUGUAAUUUGCAGGACGGGGAAGGGAGAUACGUGUGGAGCAACGGGAACGAGUACGUCGGAGAGUGGAAGAACGGGGUGAUGUCCGGCAAAGGGGUUCUGAUUUGGGCGAACGGGAAGAGAUACGAAGGGGACUGGGAGGACGGAAACCCCAAAGGAAACGGAGUUUUCACUUGGCCGGACGGGAGGAUCUCUUAUGCCGCCGGGGAUAACAGCUCCUCCUGUCAAGAGUUCAGCAGCAGCUGCCAUGGCCGGAGGGGAUCGUCGGUGAGCUGGACUAAUGCCAGUGACCGGAACCUCAACGUUCCUCGGAUUUGCAUAUGGGAAUCUGAAGGUGAAGCUGGGGAUAUCACUUGUGACAUUGUAGACCCAGUGGAGGCCUCUUCUGUUUUGUACAUUCAAAGGAAUGAGGAUGAAGGGAGCAGUGAGAGUUCAGAAGGUGAUUACAGUCUUGAAUUACGGAAAAGCCCCUGUCGAUCCGAGGGAGUGGAAAUGAAGAAACCAGGGCAAAUAAUAUCAAAGGGCCAUAAGAAUUAUGAUUUGGUGGUCAGCCUUCAGCUGGGUAUAAGGUAUUCUGUAGAAAAGCAUGGUCCAAUUGGGAGGGAAUUGAGGAGUUCAGAUUUCGAUCCAUAUGAGAAGUUCUGGACUCGGUUUCCACCCGAGGGAUCGAAAUGCACUCCGGUCCACCAUGCCCCUGACUUCAAAUGGAAGGAUUAUUGCCCUGUGGUUUUCAAGCGACUUAGGGAUCUGUUUGGAAUCGAUUCAACUGACUAUGUGGCAGCUCUUUGUUCAAAUGAUGCACUUAGAGAAAUGUCUUCUCCCGGUAAGAGUGGAAGUAUCUUCUAUCUAACUCAGGACGAUCGGUUCAUUAUUAAAACCGUGAAGAAAUCUGAAGUCAAGGUGCUCGUUAGAAUGUUACCAAGUUACUACAAGCAUGUUACUCAAUACAAAAACUCAUUGGUCACGCGGUUCUUUGGGGCUCACUGUGUGAAGCCGGUGGGAUGUCCAAAGACCCGUUUCAUUGUAAUGGGGAAUAUGUUCUACUCCAAGUAUCGCAUCCAUAGACGGUUUGAUGUGAAGGGGUCCUCUUAUGGGCGCUCAACGGAUAAGCCCGAAGGGCAUGUUGAUGAGACAACUACCCUAAAAGACCUUGAUCUCAAUCUUGUCUUUCACCUUCAAAGAUCCCGGUUCGAAGAGCUUAUCAGUCAAAUCAACAGGGAUUGCCAAUUCUUGGAAGCUGAGAAUAUAAUGGACUACAGCCUCUUGAUUGGUGUCCAUUUUUGCAAUAACUCCAGCAGUAAUGGUACAAGUGGUGGAUUGUCUCCUGAUGAUUGUUUUGAGAUGAGAGAUGCUCGGGAAUAUUCGGUUCUUGACUCAAUGUUGCUAGAGGAGCUGAUUGUGGACACAGAGCAGAAGGCUUUAGGUUCAAACCUUCCUGCAAGGGCAUCGCACACGUCACGAAUAAAUCACGACACAAACAUGACAGGUUGCAAAACAUGCGCGCAACAUGGCACCACUAAUAAGGAAACAUCAUCCUCGUCAUCAUCAAAUGUGCUGCUUUACUUGGGCAUAAUCGACAUUCUUCAAGACUAUGACAUCAGCAAGAAGCUAGAACACGCGUACAAGUCAUUUCAAGUAGAUUCCACUUCCAUCUCCGCCGUUGACCCAAAGCUCUACUCCAAAAGGUUCCGGUAUUUCAUCAACAGCAUCUUUUCAGAGGAAGGGGAUGAGGAUUCGUCGUCCCCAUUCAUCAUAAUCAACAAUGGAAAUGGAGGGAAUGACAAGACCUGUUGAAAAGGGCAAACAUGUCUUAGGAUUGGAGAGUGGGGGGUAUUCAGGUAAAAUUGCUGUCAUUUGUUCAUUGAAAUUAAACCUCCUCCAAGUCUGGUAAAAAAGCUUGGGGAAGGUGGGGUAUUUUAUUUGCAUGUGUUUCCUGGAUCAUAGGUGGUGAAGUAGAAAUUUUGUUCUAGCUGUACAGUUCAGAGGAAAAAAAACCUAACUCUGGGAAUGUAGAAAGAGAGGAGGAAUCAGUGCUUUUUUAUUUUUGUGUAUGCAUUUUGGGAAUAUGGUGAAAAAAAUGGAGCCAUGUUUAAGAUUCAAAUGGGGAAAAAAGGGAUGGUGAAAAAACACAGUAAAAAAAAGCUGCCAUGUUA